AUGGGUGGGUGUGCAUCAUCUCAGAAAAACUUAGGGAAAAAAUCAGGCAAGAAACCAACGUUAAAAGUUGUUAAGGUGAUUCAUAUGGAUGGUCGAGUGAAAGAGUUUAGUCCACCCAUUUGUGCAGAGCAGAUAUUGUCUUGUAACCCGGGUUGCUUCCUUUGUUGCUCCGACUCCAUGUUUAUCGAUUCCUUCCCGACAAAAGUGCCCGAACCCGAAGAGCUUCAACCGGGUCAUUUUUAUUUUCUAUUGCCUAAGUCUAAGGCAAACAAGCCCUUAUCGCUUGAAGAUUUGUGUGAGCUUGCUAUUAAGGCUAGUUCUAAUAUUUCUAUUGAUGAUGUUCAGUUGUCUUUUAGGCAUUAUGCUGUUGUUUGA